GGAAAGCGAGGCCCGGAUUGGGCGGCAGGGCCUGAGCGGGCGCGCACGGUUUGCCGUCGGGGCGCGAGGGAGGAGGCCGCUGAGGGAGGGGGAAAGCGAAGGGAAGAUGGCGGCGGAAACAGUGGAGCUGCACAAGUUGAAGCUAGCUGAGCUGAAGCAGGAAUGUUUAGCCCGAGGUCUGGAGGCAAAAGGAAACAAACAGGAUCUCAUCAAUAGACUCCAGGCCUAUCUUGAGCAGCAUGCUGAGGAGGAAGCAAAUGAAGAGGAUGUCUUAGGAGAAGAAACAGAGGAGGAAGAACAGAAGCCCACAGAUGCUCCUAUCAAAGAGGAAGUAGCUAUUGAGAAAUCAACUGAAGUAGGUGCAGAGAAGAAGGUGGUGAAAAUUGCCUCAGAAAUUCCACAAACGGAGAGAAUGCAGAAACGGGCAGAGAGAUUCAAUGUACCUGUGAGUUUGGAGAGUAAGAAGGCUGCACGAGCAGCUCGGUUUGGUAUGCCUGCAGCUUCAACUAAAGGUCUUGCGACAGAAAGUAAAACUACAGUAAAUAUAGACAAAUUAAAGGAAAGGGCUCAGAGAUUUGGCUUGAAUGUCUCCACAGCCUCCAAAAAGACGGAAGAUGAUGAAAAGCUCAAAAAAAGAAAGGAGAGGUUUGGUAUCGUAACAAGCUCGGCUGGGGCAGCAACCACAGAAGAUGCAGAGGCAAAGAAGAGAAAAAGAGCAGAACGUUUUGGCAUCGUCUGAUGAUCCUUCCUCUUAGCCUUUACUUGUUUGGGAUGUAUCUUUUAUACAUUCUUGUUCUUCGUCCCUAAUGAGGAAUAUAAUUUUCUCCCCCACACAAAUCUUGGCUUUGUAUUUUAAAACGAGCUCUUCAUUUGGGCUUUCCCCUCACCCCUCCCUGGCAGACUUGUAAAAGAAACAAAUUUCAGAGCCUAGAAUAAAAGUGUUCUGUUUGUGUAUGUAACAAUUUGAAUUCUCUGGCAAAUUCUCUCAUUAGCCACUUGUAACCAAACUAUGCCUCCAACUCGCUUCCUCUCUGUACAGAUGAAAGCAGCUGCACAAAAUAAAGGGAUUUGGAAAAUAUGAGGAAUAUUAAUAUUUUUGUCACAUUAUUGAACUCCAGUUGAAGUAGUACGUAAAUCCAGAGCUGUCUGAACCUUCCCUGUAAUUUUACAAAGCCGUUCAUUGUCUCUUUAUUUCAAUUCUCACAUUGCCCAUGGCUCAGAAAUAGUCUUCCUCUUCUGUGUCUACUGUUUAGUAAAAUAACUCAAAAGGUUCAUCUGUCUCACCUGACUGACCCCAAUCUGAAACUGUUUUUAUACUUAAAAGUAUUUAUCUCCUUGGGUUCUGCUAAAAGUUCUCUAACAUUAGGUCUUAGGAAGUCAUAUGAUGUCAGCCUUACAUCUAUAUGAGUCAUAUAUUAUUGUCAGCUGAAGCAUUGGUCCUUUUUUUAAUGCCUUGUGCAGAUAUUAUGUAUUCUAAAUGAUGUUUUUAACCCAUAUAAUGGGAUGAAUUGUAUCAGACUGUGACUGGCUGCAGUAUAGAGCAUCCCAGGAUGCGGAAAGUGAAAAACUUUACCAUGAGUUUCUGAAAGUUCAUUUACUGCAAAUGCUGAUAAUUUCCUUCUCUGAAAGUAGCAUCAAAAAGCUCUAAGAUUAUAGCUGUGGAAAGAAUUGUUGUAAAAUGUAAUGUUCAAGUUCAGUGUUUUUACACUACUUUCAUUUCCCAGGUGGAUUUUCAAAUUGCACUGUUUUUUGUUUCUCUUUUGAGUCAAAAUGCUUCUAGUUGCAAUUUAAUAAAGAUAACAAAUUGGAGAAAGCCUCUGUCCUAUCACAUUGUUGCAUCUCAUUUUCUUCCAGAUAACUUAUUCAUGCUUGUUUCAGAAGUGCAGGGCUAUCUCACCAAAAAUAUACCUCUGUCCAAGUGAUUCCAUCUUUAUUCCUGUUUUAUUUCAUAUAGCCAAACCCCCUUUUUACAGGUAUAUUUCAUAUUUUAUAUAGGGAAGAAGUUACUAGACUUUUUCUAUGUACUAAAGGUAUCCUUUCCUGUUUGUGUCUGGAUUUAUAUACUGUUAUUGGUUUGGCUUUUGGAAUGAAUGUUGUUCCAUUUGUGCUCCGAGUAUGUGUGUUGGGGGGGGGGUGUUUUAUCCUAAUUUUUCAUUCAAAGGUGAAUGGCUUUUUUUUGUAUCCAACACACAACUCCUUUCUUUUGUGUAUAAUACAGAUUAAAGAAUGCAUUUAAAAGCCA